CGUCGCCGCCGGUGCUCAUCGUUCCCGGUCAUCGUUCUCUUCCGAUUCCUAAGAAAAGCUCUCGUCACUUGCUGCACUUCAUUUUCUCAACUUCCAGGUAAAUCUGCAUAUCCCGUCUGCUGCUUUUAUUCGGUCGGUUUCAGUCCCGCCUAAAUCCCGAUUCCUCGCAAAGAGCUAGAGAAGUCAGACGAUGGAAUCGAAAAUCCAGAACUUUCAGAUUUUCAUUGAGUCCCCCGACCUCAAAAUCCCUACCCGGGCCCUGAAUAUUGAGACCUCGAUCCCUGAUUUCACCGUGAAGGAUCUCAAAUCCUCCCUCUUGCCCGAAACCCUAACCCUAAUACAGGACUCUUUCUAUUUCACCUUGAAUGGGAAAUUGAUCCCAGAUCCUACCCCUGUGAAAAGUCCCAUUAUUUCACCUCUCUCCACCUUAACCAUGCGUCUCCGCCUUGUGGGUGGAGGCGGUGAUGGUGGCGCCACAGGUGCGGAGUCUCGCGACUGUUACCUUAAAAUGUAUGCUAUCAAGAAACCCGACAAAAUUGACCCGAACGAGCGUAGGUUAUCAAAGUGGUUGAACUGCACAUUGUCAAACGAGCCAUUGAAGCACCCUGUGGUGAUCGAUAAGCUUGGGAAUUUGUUUAACAAGGAGGCCUUGGUUGAAGCCUUGUUGAAGAAACAAGUGCCUAAGCAGUUUUCAUACAUAAAAGGACUGAGAGAUAUGGUACCCGUAGAGUUGUCAUUUAUUCCAGGUAUGGAGGACAGUGCCUUGUGUGGUGGUACAAGGUUUCAGUGCCCUGUAUCGGGGUUAGAGUUUAACGGGAAGUACAAGUUCUUUGCACUCAGGACCUGUGGGCAUGUUUUCAGUGCCAAGGCUUUGAAAGAGGUAAAAUCGUCUGCUUGUUUGGUCUGUCACAAGGGGUUUGUGGAGAAUGACAAGAUUGUGAUAAACGGGACCGAAGAUGAGGUUGCAGCAUUGAGAGAGAGAAUGGAGGAGGAAAAGGUAAAACUUAGAGACGGUAAGAAGUCUAAGAAGGGUAAGAAUGGAGAUGUUGUUCUUAGUGUAGAGGGUGGUGAGGUCACACCAUACUUGAGCGGGGGCAAACGUGGGAUUGAUGAUAAUAAUAAUAUUGCAGAGAAGGGAAAGUUGGAACUGAACAAAAAACACGGUCCUAAUGGUAAAAUAGAAGUGAAGAAUGUUGUGAAUGGACCUGCGGGGAAGCGGUUUAAGGCUGUUGAUAAUGCACCAGCUAAUGCUACCAAGGAAGUGUAUGCUUCUAUUUUCACAUCAUCUAGGAAAUCUGAUUUCAAGGAGACUUAUUCUUGUCGAUCACUACCUCUUGGAAGAAAUUAAUGAGCUGAGCUGACAUUGACCUAUCUCCGAGAUGAUAAAAGAAAAUGGCGACUUUUCCCUGCUUAUAUUUCCCUGCUUAUAUUUCAGCACUUGCUUGAUGUAAUAUUGUGGUUAAUGACUCUUUAUAUUUGAUUAUAUCAUUGAGAUUGAGUGGCAAGUUGUGGCUCAUUUCUCCUGUUUGGUCAUGAUUUUAUGUACUCGUAUUUUAUUAUUGUAAUGCAUGGAGUGGCUCUUUACUUCUGUGUAGGGGUAAAGUCUGCGUACACACAUCCUCCCUCCCUAGACACAGCUUACCUCUGUGGGAUUCUAUUGGAUUCUUGUUGUAACCCUACCUCUGUGGGAUUAUACUAGAUUCUUGUUGUUGUAAUGCCCGGAGUGGUUGAUGUCUAGUGACUUGUACUCCCUUUCCCCGGCAUCUGUCUCUUUUUUCGGUUUCGACAGACUCAAACUCAAUAAAUUUAUGCUUUAUGU